AUGGCUACUGCCCAAGGACAGGAUGUAAUUUGCUGUCAAGUGUGUUCCAAUCCCGUGGAACAUCACUGUAAUCUUUGUCAUGUGGACCUUUGCCUCUCAUGCAUACCAAAACAUAUGGCUGACAAAUCAAGAAGACAUGAAGUUGUGGAGUACACUUUUAGAAAAGAACACACCGUUAUUCUUCCAUCAUGUCUUGCUCACGAAAAAUACCAAUGUGAGACGUAUUGCAAAGACUGUAGAAUACCAAUAUGUCUUCAGUGCCUAAUGGGUUCACAUAAGAAGCAUGAGUUUACCAAUAUCAAUGAAAUUCUUCAAGAACAUGAACAAAAAAUUAUUUCUGACACAGAAGAACUGGAAAAUACAAUUGUUGCAAAAUACAGAAACAUAAACCAAAGUACAACUGCUGAGUUUGACAAAGUUCUCUCCGCCAUAAAAGAACAAGAAGAUAAAAUCUGCCAAGCUGUACAUAGAAAAAGCACUCAGCUCACAGAAGAAGUAAGCAAUCAAAAGAAAGAAUAUAUAAGAAAGAACAAAGAAAGCCGGUCUUUAGUAGAAACAGCUGAGAAAGAAGUCAAUCAAAUUGUUAAAGAAAAUAAAGAUAUUCUUAAAGGAAAUGAUGCCACAUCCAUACUUAAUUAUCAAUCAAGAAAUGAGGAUUUCCGAAAAGGCCCAGAAUUACCAAGUUUUUCUUGUCCAAAGUUACUCCCAGGUAAUAUUAAAGAAAACCAAAUUGCAGAAAUGUUUGGUUUUCUUCAGACUAGGGAUGGACACUGGAACAUUUAUAUUUAUACUAGGAAUGCAGUAAAUGUAUUAUUAAGCACACCCAACUGGUUUCCUGUAGGUCUUCAUUACAUAGAGAAUGGAGAUCUACUUGUGAGUAUGCGAUCUACAAAUAAAAUAAAGAGCAGAGUGGUGAGAUACUUCGGUACAAUAGAGAAACUGAAGAUCCAGUAUGACAGUCAGGGACAACCUCUGUUUUCUACAGGUAGUACAGCUGUGCUUCUCCUUACAGAGAAUGGUAAUGGUGACAUCUGUGUUGCUGACAAUUCUGAUAAGACAGUUGUUGCAGUUGAUUCUUCUGGGGGACUACGAUUCAAGUAUAAAGGCAACCUCUCCAAACAAACAAAGUACAGAGACUUUAUCCCACUUAACAUUGCUACUGAUGUCAAUACUCAAAUACUGAUAGAUGACAAUUCAAACAACAUUGUCCAUAUCAUAGAUUGUGAUGGUAACUUUGUCCGUUAUAUAGAACAUCCAUGUAAUGGAGGCCUCAGCAUUGAUACUGAGCACAAGCUUGUGAUUGGAGACAGAGAUUCAGGAAAAGUUCAAAUUAUCAAAUAUCUAGAGUGA